AAUGACAAAUAGUAAAGUGAGUUUCUUUUUUCAGAAAUAAUUAAUAAUUAACUGUAACAGUUAAAAAGAACUAAAAAUAUUACCUCUGGGAAAAUAUAAAUAUUAUUUAAUUACAUAAUAUCCAGCUAAUUACACAACGAAAAUAAAAAUAAAAUAUUUUAGUGUAUAAUAUGCUUGAAAUAUACUUCAUUAAUAUUUUUAUUUUGAGGUGGCCUUUAACCACAAAAGCAUCGAUUAAUUAAAAAUAAAAUCUUAGAGAAGAGAAAUUUUGCAAAGUAAAGGUUAAGUAAAAACCAACAGAAAUUCGUUGAUCAUGCAACACGAAGAUAUUCAUCAUGUAGAAUUGUUGGAAUUAAAUGGAAACCAGUCACAAACACGCGAAGUAACAUUAGACAGUAUGUUAGUAAAUCUGGGUCGACCUGGUUUAUAUCAUCUGAUUAACACAUUCAUCCUCAAGUGGAUAUUAUUUUUCGUUUGUACUCAAUUUGUGGUUGUCUCGUCAUCUAUCGGGAUCACUCCAAGAAAUUUUAGAUGUCAAAGUUCAUUGGAAAAUCACACAGAGUUAGCCAUUACACUUAACACAAGUGCAGAGAAAAUUAAUUUUGGAAAUUGUCACGUGACUGUAAAAGGUAACGUGAGCAAAGAACUUCCUUGCGAUAGCUGGACAUACAUGUUUACUAAGGAAGAAGGUGAAAUUGACUCUAUUGUAACAAAGUGGGAUUUGGUGUGCGAUAAGAAAUUUCUUCCUCAGCUGUCGACGUCGUUAUUCUUUGUCGGCGUCAUGAUUGGUACUUCACUUUUACACCACCUACCAGAUAAACAUGGACGCCGACCGACGUUGUUGUUGUUUUUACUGCUCUCCAUCACGGUGUCUGCUGGAACGGCCCUCGUAGACAAUCUGAUCUUAUUUUUAGUGCUUCGCUUCACACUAGGUGUUUUAAUCUGUGUUGCUCACACUACGGCUAAUAUAUGCGCUGUGGAACUAUAUCCUACGAAAUAUAACGAUACAAUUGGCACGAUUUUAUCUAGCCUGUAUAUAGUUGACAUACUGUUCGGAAACACGAUAGCGUGGCUGAUGAGAAGUUGGUGGAAAACUCAACUCAUUUUCGCAGUACCCACAUUCAUUCCGUUGAUAGUUGCUUAUUUUUUUUUGCCAGAAUCGUUGCGAUGGCUUAUUAUUCACGACAGACAAGAAGACGUCAAACGGCACCUCCAAAACGCUGCUCGUAUUAACGGCGUAACGCUCGGAGAUUUACCGACAAUACGAGGAAAUUCUUUGUUGCCAGGAAACGACACGAGUAAUAAGCGUAUUCCAUUUCGAAGGAUCCUAUCAUACAAAGAGAUGCGCAAAAGAUUAUUUGCGGGCAUAUUUCUAUGGAUUGGGUUAGCGUUAUCGUUUUACGGAUUGGCGUUCAAUGUCAAGAAUUUAUCCAGGAAUCCCUACUUAUCUCUUGUUAUCUCUUCUGCAGUUGAUACUGCUCCCAUAGCAACAACGAUAUUGUUUAUGAAAAGGCUAGGUAAAAGAAGGCUCGUUGUUAUUUAUUCAUUCAUCGGUGGUGUUUUCUCGAUUAUUUACAAGUUUUACAAUCAUUUAGCUAUUAUGAUGGUUGGAAAAAUGUUUUGUGCAAUUUCGUUUACAGUCAUCUACUUUUACACUAUGGAUAUAUUUCCUACAGAAUUCAGGACAAGGUGUUUUGGUGCAUGUAUUAUGACUGGUCGACUGGGGAGUUUGCUUGCUCCUCAACUGGUUGCCGUGGGUACAUACACAUCAGCGGACAUCCCAGUUUUAGUCAGUGGUAUUUUUCUCUUCAGCGGAGCCUUCAUCUUGUAUUUCUUUCUUCCUGAAACAUCAAACAUCCCAACGCCAGAUAAAGUUGAAGACGUGGAAAAUUAUAAACAAAUUAAAAAAGAUAGAAAGAUGUUAGUGGAUACUUAGAGCGUGUUCUACGUACAGAACGGGAAUUAAAAUAUAGCUAAAAGAAGAUGAACGCAAACAUGCGAUUCUGUGCGGGAAUUUGAACUUCUUUCAAAUUCAUGUGUUCGUCUAGUAUUUUAUUCCCCGCACUUUUCUUUUUCCUUUUGCCAAAAUUUCAUAUCACUAUCAUAUUUUCCCAUGGUGUUUUUUAACGUGUUAUUAAUGUUUAUACAUGGAAGUAUAUUGAUGUCUUCUCGUAAGGUCAAUCCUCUAUUGACCGCCAUUAAUUAAAAAAUUGAUGACAAUAUUUUGAAGUAUCUCUAACAAAAAGGAACGGUGUCUUCUUGCAAGCAACCUCGUCCCCAGUGGUUUGCGGCCUCUUAGACGUUCUAACAAAGUGGCCAACAUUGCCACUAUCAAGUUCAUACCAACAAGGAAAAAUGCCCUGGAAACGGUGUCUUCUUGCAGGGCCAAUUCUUUAUUGAACGCGGAUUCUGCCUCCCCUGACGGCUUUUUUUAAUAACUCCUUAGUGCUAUGUUAUAUGCCUAUGAAACUUACUGAGUUUCCAAAUUUAUCUAUUAGACACCUGCGUUGUCACGUAGAUGGCUAUAGAAAAUAAGAUAACUUUUCGUUGGACAUCAUGGAUGCUUAUUAUUUCACUAUUACGGAAUUUCAUACCGCGUAGGUCUGGGCACUAGCAAAGCGCUUUUAGGGACAAAUUUUUGGCUUGUUUUGUUUUGUGUCGAUAGAAUUUUGAAACUCCGUUAUGGCUUGUCAAAAUUUGUUAUAUCGUAAGAAAUUUUGGCCAAAUUUG